AUGCUUAAAGCUCAAAAGGAAGAGGAGGAAAUUUUGACUGUUACAGAAGAAGGAGGAGAUGAAUUCAAGUUAGCAAAAAUCACAAUUUCUGUAAGUGAUCAGGCAGAUGAUUUUCGAGCCUCGGAUAAAGAGAGCUUAAGUUCAGAAGAGGAAGGUAAAAAAUUGAAGAAGAAACGUCAAAGAUUGGAUAACACUACAAAGGAGUUUCUUGAGAAGGUAUUCGAAAGAAAAUCUCAACCAAACAGACGGGAAAGAGAAUUGAUUGCUGAAAAGUAUGGUAUCAGUCUUUCACAAAUUAGGGUUUGGGUAUGUAUUAUUUUCUAUUAUUUCCAGUUCAUUUUAUCUGAACUAUUAACUAACAUAACACUGAAGUUUACAAACAAAAGAAUGAGAAAGAAAAAACCGGAUUCUUCCAAGAAGGAAUCAGAUAAGACAGAUGAUACUUAG